AUGGGUAGGAAAGUACCGUCAGCCGGCAAUAUAAGCAAGCGGUCUGAUGGUAGAAAUUGCGAAAAUAGCAAAGAACGAUCAAACACCUCUUUAAAUUAUGCUGUGGCUCGUCCCGAUUUGCGGAAACGAGAUCAGGCCAGUUAUACAGGGCGACCAACCACGUCGAGCUCGAUAUCUACGGACCUCGUUAGCGAGUAUCAAAAUCAAGGUAAAAAAAUUAGAGCUCUGGCAAUCAUUCGAGCAGACCAGUCUCUAGAUUUCUACGGUAAAAACCCUCCCAACGCAGAAGGCUCUCAAGGAACCCACGGUAAUAUUAAGUACAGAAUUCAAGAAAUCAAGUUUCAUCAAGAAGAGCAUUGA